AUGAUGCUGUACAGGACGAGUGUUUCCUCUGAGGCUGCUCGGGCCGCUGGCUCUGAGACCCAGGAGUUCUGUCCCGGCCACAGCCCUAGCUCGCCUCCCUUCCACCCGGGCCACGGGCGCCCUGGGAGGCCCCGGAGAUGCCCGCAGGCCUCCCGUCUGCGGUCCCCGGCGGGACCUAGCUGCGCACAGCGGCCGGAGGAGGCGGAGGGGGGGCGGCCGGGGGUGGCGGUCGCCCUGAUCCUGCUGGCCCUGCUGGCGCCCUCGGGGGCGGCGGUGCGGGCCGUGCGGGCCGGCAACGCCAGCACCCUGGACUUCGCGGACCCGCCGGCCCUGUUCGGGGUGCCCCUGGCCCCCGAGGGCGCGCGGGGCUGCCUGACGGAGGCCGAGCCGGCCGACGCGUGCCGCCCCAUCGCGGGCCCGCGGCCGGGCAACGGCUCGCUGGGCGCCAUCGUGCUGAUCCGCCCAAACGACUGCACGGUCGACCUCAAGGCGCUGCACGCGCAGCGGGCCGGCUUCGAGGCGGCCGUCGUGCGCAACGCGCGCUCCGACGAGCUGGUGCGCACGGCGCCCGGGUUCGAGGAGCCGCGACGCCAGAUCGCCAUCCCCUCGGCGUUCGUGGGCGAGGCCGCCUCGACGGACCUGCGGCUCAUCGUGCGCUGCGACAGGGCGGGCCACGUCCUCCGGCUGCCCGACUACCCGCCGUGCCCCAAGCCGGACCGCCACCCCGUGCCGGCCGCGUCCUGGGUGCUGGGCCGCGCCCUGGCCCUGCUCACGUCCGCCUUCUUCGUCCUGCGACGGCUGUGGGCCUGGCUGGGGGCCCCGGGGCCCCGGGGGCCGGCGGCCCAGACGCAGGCCCGCCGGAAGGCCCGGGUCCGCACCUUCACGCGGAGGAACGACCUGUGUGCCAUCUGCCUGGACGACUACGAGGAGGGCGACCGGCUCAAGAUCCUGCCCUGCUCCCACACCUAUCACUGCAAGUGCAUCGACCCCUGGUUCGCCCAGGCCGCCCGCCGCUCCUGCCCGGUGUGCCAGCAGUCGCUGGCCGGCACGGAGGACGGCUCCGACUCCACCGUCGAGAGCUUGGGCGACGAGGACGCCUCGCUGCCCGGCCACCGGCCCCCGCUCUGGGCCGUCCAGGCCCGGCUGCGCUCGCGGAGGCUGCGGCUGCUGGCCCGAGCCAGCUCGCACGGCCGCGCCCAGGCCACUGCGUCCCCGGAGAGGCCCCCAGAGCCGCCGUGA